AUUAGAUGUUUUCCGGUCUGUUAAAAUGGCAUUUAAUGCAAAACCAAACGAAUUUAAAGGGGAGAGCGGGAUAUGUGGAUCGCUAGACAAUGGAAUGCCAAAAUGUUGCACCCACUACCACUUGGUGAACGGAACUUGUAGAGAAUGCACCAGAGGAUAUUUCGGAAGCAAUUGUACGCCUUGUAAAUAUCCAGCCUAUGGACUGUCGUGUCGCAGUACCUGUGAAUGUUUGGAAAAUCUCUGUAACCAUAAAACUGGAUGCUUAGAGUCUGAAGAAUCAACUACAACAAUCAAGCAGAUUAUUCUUUCAACAGAAAAUAUUAUAACAUUCAGUAGAGCAAGGACUAUUACAACCCUCACAACCAGAAAAAUAUCUGUCAUCGGCUUAUUCACAACAGCAAAAUCAGUGAUUCCUUCUGAUGACGUUUCUAUGACGUCAGUCAUCAUUAUAAUCGGGAGCAUUUUGUGUUUCUUUCUCUUUCUGAUUGCAGUCAAUCAAAUUCAUAGCAAGAUUCAGCAACAAAGAAACCUGUUUAAAAGGAAAAAUAGAAGGAACCAAUACAGUUCUUCAGAGGUAGAGGACGUUUACCAAGAGAUUGAAGAAUCACAAACACCUGCAACGAAUAGGAAAUAUAAUGUGGUUUCUGAUCAGAGUAGAUUACAAUGUCUUGCCCCUCCAGCUUCUAAACCCGAGUAUAUCCAAACUGAAGAAGAACCUAAUAUUUCAAAUUUUUCCAUUGAUUCAAAUUUAUCGGAGGUAAAUGAUGCAACAAAAGUCAAAAGCAACAGACACGGAAACGUGAGCAUUCGAGAUGAAAAAGGAGAGGAUCCGGAGAACGAAAAUAAAGACACGUUAAACUUUUCUGCACCACCAGCUGCAAGUCUUCAAACAAAUACGGAUGAUACUUAUUAUUGUGAGCCUGUAACUCAACAGAAUACCUAUCUAGACGUCAUUCAGCAGUCACGUGAUCCGACUUAUUUUGAUGUCAUUCACGAGUAAAAUGGCGUUCUGUAAAACUUUCCUACAAAAGAAUAAAGAAAUUGCAUUAUGAAAUUUAUCAUAUUUAUCUUCGAAAUGAAAUAUAGUGUU